UGACAAAUAAGCCAUAACGACGCCGUGCUGUGUUUAUUUUCAGUGAAAAAUUUCUUUAUUCUCGGUAAAAUUGUGUGAAAAAGGCCGUGAAAAUGAGUAAAAGGCGAAGGACAAGCUCUGUAGCAAGUCGUCAGGAUGAUGAUACUGAUGAUGCAUUGUCUGAAACAUCCCCAAUUGCUGCAUUUAUUGGGCGGAAGAAGAAAAAAAUGGAUCCAACUGAACUCUGCCAGGUACUGUAUGAUGCAAUAAGGAAUCAUAAGAAAGACGAUGGGAAUAUGCUAUGCGACACUUUCAUACGAGCCCCAAAGCGUCGUCAGGAGCCGUCAUACUAUGAAGUCGUUGCGAAUCCCAUUGACCUCCUUAGGGUACAGCAAAAGCUCAAAACAGACUCCUAUGAGGACAUUGAGGAGCUAACGAGCGAUGUUGAGUUGCUUGUGAACAAUGCAAAGGCUUUUUACAAGCCAGACAGCACAGAAUAUCAAGAUGCAUGCCUGCUCUGGGAUAUUUUCCUGUUGAACAAGCAGAAACUUCUGGAGGCUCUUCAGGAUGACACAAUUGAGCCUAAGAGGGGCACACGGGUACCGAGAAAACCGCGAAAUCUUUCCACAAAUGACCCAGAUGACGCCUCAGAGGGCAGUAAGGAUGAUGAUUUCGAUACAUAUGAAGAGCUUUUUGCUUCUGUAGUUACAGCGAUGGAUCCUUUGGACAAUAGACCGCUUCAUACGGAAUUUCAGUUGCUGCCAUCGAAGAAACUCUACCCGGACUACUAUGAUGUUAUUGAGCAUCCCGUUGAUCUGAAACUUAUUGCUACGAAAAUUCAAACAAGCGCCUACACGAAUCUCAACGAGAUGGAGAAGGAUCUCCUACAGAUGACCAAGAAUGCAUGCACAUUCAAUGAACCCGGAAGUCAAAUCUACAAAGAUGCUAAAUCACUCAAAAAGAUUUUCAUGACACGAAAAGCUGAAAUUGAAAGUGGAAAGUUCAAGCCGACAACACGCCCAAAGAGACGAGGACAUAGUCUUAGUGCUGCCACUGCGGCACUUAAGGAGGAACCAGAGAGCUCAGAUGAUGAGAUGGAUGAUAAUAUUGACACAGAAGGUGAUGGCCCGAUGUGGCAGCUAUUUGAUCAGCUCUACAACACUGCAAAUGCAGCGGAUCAUCCUAAUGCCUCAGGCGCACCCCUCGGUGAGUCACUGUGGAAGUUGCCAAAUCGUCGUUUCCAUCAGGAUUACUAUAACACGAUAAAGAAGCCCAUUUCCAUGGCACAAGUUAGGAAUAAGCUCAAGAAGGGUGUAUAUUCGAAUAUCACCGACAUGACAGCUGAUUUGUAUUUAAUGCUGGACAAUGCGAAGAAAGCAUACCCAUCCACGCAUAAAAUUCACAAGGAUGCAGUGAAGAUGCAAAAGAUUCUCAAUCAGAAGCUCAUUGAUACGGGCGUGGGGCAGGAUGAGAGUGACACAGAGGAUGGGGAUGUUUCUAUGCCAUCUACGAGUUCUAUAUCCCCAUCAGCUGUGGCAACGUCCAUGCCGAAAAAGAAAGGUCGUCCCCGACUCAAUCCCACCGUAACUUCACCACCGACUACAGCUAAUGUUCAAACAGUCACUCAGACACCUCAGAGUGGGAGUCAGAUAAUUAUGACAAAGGGACGUUUCCCCAAUAAUCCUGUCUUGAAGAAGAAACUUCUGGGACUGCAGAAGUUCCUCACAGAUUACGUGGUGGCUGGUAGACGACCAAUGGCGCUCUUCAUGGAGAAACCCUCAAAGAAACUCUAUCCGGACUACUACGAAGUAAUACAGCAUCCAAUUGACAUGAAUACGAUUGAGAUGAAUAUCAAAGCAGAUCGCUAUGGGACACUGGAUGAUGUUGUUGGGGACUACAGGUUGAUGUUUUCAAAUUGUCGCAAAUACAACGAAGAGGGAUCGCAAAUCUUUGAGGAUGCAAACAUCCUCGAAAGGGCGCUCAAUGAGAAGUUAAAGGAAUUUUCUGGGAUACCCGACAGACGUCUAACACCCAAAAUAAUAAAAUCAGGAGGAAGGAAAAUCAUCACUCCCCUGGAUAAUAAACUCAAACAAUUCUACGACACCAUCAGAGAUUAUCGUGAGAGUAAGGCUAAUAGAUUGCUCUCUGCUGUCUUUAUGAAACUUCCAUCAAAGAGUGAUUAUCCCGAUUAUUAUGACAUCAUAAAGAAUCCCAUUGAUAUGGAGAAAAUUGCCAAUAAGAUGAAGCAUCAGAUUUAUGAUAAUAUUGACGAAAUGGCAACAGAUUUUAUGCUAAUGUUUGAGAAUGCGUGCAAAUACAAUGAGCCAGAUUCUCAAAUUUACAAAGACGCCCUCGUCCUUCAGCAGAUUUGCUUGCAAACAAAACAAUCUCUCAAUCGCGAUGGGAGUGAGGAAACUGUACCAGAUGUACCACAAGCUGUUCAGGAACUUUUAAUGUCUCUCUUUACAUUUUUCUACAAUCAUCAAGACGAGGAGGGGCGUUGCUAUUCGGAUUCCCUGGCAGAACUCGCGGAAUAUGAUGAUGUUGAUGGGAACAAAGUCCGGGCAAUAUCGUUGGAUUUGAUCAAGAGGCGCCUCGAUAAGGGGCUCUACAAGCGUUUGGAUAUCUUCCAAGAGGACAUCUUUUCAUGCCUGGAACGAGCACGUCGCCUUUCACGGACGGAUUCUCAAGUAUUUGAGGAUUCCAUUGAGUUGCAAUCGUUUUUCAUAAAGAAACGCGAUGAAAUAUGCAAGAAUGGCGAAGUUCUCAGUUCUCCAGCACUCAGCUAUUCAGCUAUGCAUCUGAGUGCUGCCGUUGAGGCAGUGCGUCAGUCGAAGCUGCUGCAAGAGGAGCAGGAGCAUGAAAAUGAAACGGAGACAGCAUCAAUCAAUGGGGAGAGCAUGAUGAUUGAUCAGAAAGUCUACUCCCCCGGAGAUUUUGUCUACUACGACUCACCAGACAAUAAAAUCCCCGGUGUGGUGUAUAUUGAACGACUUUGGACAAAUAGUGAGAAUGUGAAGAUGAUGUAUGGGAAUCUCUUUAUGCGACCCCAUGAGACGUAUCAUGUGACAACGAGGAAAUUCCUUGAGCAGGAAUUAUUCAAGAGUGACCAACAUCAGGCCAUUCCAUUGAGUCAGUUGCAGAAUAAAUGCUUCGUUAUGUGCAUCAAGGAUUACAUUAAAUACCGCCCUGAAGGGUUUGCGGAUAAAGAUGUCUACGUGUGUGAAUCGAGAUAUAAUUCGAGAGCACGUUCAUUUAAGAAGAUCAAAAAUUGGCCAUUUGUACGGACAAAUGAUCCAGUCAAGUUGAUCCAGCGGGACACUCCGAUUGAACUGAAGCGAAUUAUGUCUGUAUUCAAGGAGCGCGUAGAGAAGCACAAGGGGGAAUUGGCAGAGUUGCAGCUGCAGGAGGCUCUUGUGGAGAAGGAAAAGCCAAAUGUGGUGAUCUUUUCGAAUGUCCCAGAAGAGGGGAAUGUUCACUAUGAGCAAUACAAUACAAUUUGUAGUGGUGUGGUGAAGAUUGGAGACUACGUCUAUGUGGCGACUGAGGGUGGAAAACAAGCCAUAGCACAGAUCACGUCAAUUUGGGAAACGAAAGACGGAAAAUCCUUCUUCCGUGGUCCAUGGCUACUUACACCCCCCGAGGUACCAUGUGCUGGAAAUAGACUCUUCUACAGGCAGGAAGUCAUGUUGUCCACUCUUCAGGAGAGCAGCCCCCUGAUUGCCAUUGUAGGACGUUGCUCCGUGCUUGAUUAUUCCGAAUAUACAACGUGUCGCCAAACGGAAAUUCCCGAGAGUGAUGUUUACAUCUGCGAAUCAAUUUACGAUGAGAUAAAGAAGCAAAUCCGUCGACUUCAGGGUACGGGUCUAAGGAAGUUUACGCACAGCCAAAUGGUGACUCCAGAUGAGAUUUAUCACUUCCGGAAUCCCGUAACACCGCUGCGUGUCAGUGCAUCGGAGAUUGCGGCUCUGCAGGAGCAACUGAAGCAAACGGGCACAGGUGGUGAAAUGGACUUGAAAACCGAGGGUGGAGAUCUUCUGAAUAUGAUGGAUGAUUCAAUGGACGGAGGACCACCUUCUGUGGGAUCAGACUUUGUGGCAACUGCCUCUCCGGCAUCUUCUAUGCACCUAUCUACGCCAAUUUCCACGAAGAAGGGCAAAAGUGGGAAGAAAGUCGUCACGGGGUACAUUCUCUACUCCAGUGAGGUACGCAAGAGUAUCAGUGCGAGCAAUCCUGAUGCCACAUUUGGUGACAUCUCACGCAUUGUUGGCAAUGAAUGGCGUUCGCUGCCGUCGUCAGAGAAGCAAGCAUGGGAGGAGAAGGCGACAAAAUGCAAUGAGGAGCAUGCAGCAAAAUUUGCCGAAGAAUCCGGAUGUUCCAGUCCAGCACCACCAUUUGCCAAUGAUCCCAUCCCCAAUCAGGUGUUUGAGUGCAACUGGGAUAAAUGUGAUUGGCAAUUUGAGGAUCCCGCCGAUUGUUUUGAGCACUGUAUUGCCGAUGGGACUGGGCAUGUUCAGACACACUGUGCCAGCAUGCCGUCCAAUGAGGUGGAGUACAAUUGUUUGUGGCGCGGAUGUAUUCGUCUCAAGAAACAAGCGCCGGCAUUCCCGCAUCUCCAGCGACUUGUAAAACAUGUGCGAGAGGUGCACAUCAACAAAGCGAAUGGACGCAUUGUGCAGCCAGGCGAUAGGAGCAAAAACUAUAUGCCGUCCAAGAAAACAAUUACCGUCACUCAAAGUCCAUCUCAACCAAUUGUCCAUACCACCCAAACUUUACCCAUACAUCAAAGUCCUCCUACUAAUCCGAUUAUCACAUCACCUCCAGUUGAGCCACUCUUUGUGACUGUCCCGCCACGUCCGCAGCGGGUAUUGCACUCGGAGGUGUACAUAAAGUACAUAGAGGGCCUUCAGAAUGAUUCGAGAUUCAUUAGUCCGUGGGAGAAGACGCUCAAAGCAACGCAGCAGACAGUGCCAUCCGUUGAUGUAAGUCGUUUGCCCACACAGUGGUUGGAUUCCCGGGCAAAGGAGAAUCCCGAGGAGGUGGUAAAGUCACUCUGGAACUUAAGGAACUACAUGAUGAAGGAUAUUAUUCAAAUCAGGAGGAGUUGCUUGGAUUGAACGGAUUGAGGAGAGCAGUAAGAAGAGAAGUUUUUUUUUCAACAGCAUUUUAUUAUAUUAUAAGUAAUUAUACAUGGCAGAUAGCAUGAAUUAAAAAAAAAUUAAGGAAUUCUCGCUUCAAUGAUAAAAAUUCUUUUAGAUCUAUAA